GUGCAGGGGGAGGACUAGGUUUGGGUUUUGUCAUUGUACUGAUCCUGCAGCUAUAGAUAAACCCGGGCUGCUGUUACUGAGGGGAAAAACAGAGAAAUCCUACUAAUCCCAUAGAAGCACUGCGUCUGCCUGUUAACCGGAGACAGAGAAACUGCAGAUCUUUCAAAUCAGAGGAAGACGGUUUCCAUAGAUCAAGGGCAGGAUGACAAAAAGGAGGGUCAUGGGGGCCUGAUCAAAAACCUAUAAAGAGGGAGAUCCUAAAACUAGGAUCCCAUUCUCUGCAGACGGUGACAGCUGAGCCGGCUCCUUCUUUAAUUGCCAUCCUGCAGGAUUUUUCAUAAUUGCAGGUCCCACGAGUGAGUCUGUGGCUAAUUUUAAUAUAAUGCUAGAAUUAUUCCAUGUUCUUCCACCUGAUCCCAUGGGAAAUCUAGAAGAGAAAAGGUGAUUUUUAUCAAUUAAGGAACAGAGUCAGUGCGGACAAAUUCCACGUUGCAAAAGGACUUUCAUACCAUUGCCUCGGGUUGACAGAAGGUGUAAAGGGUUAAUGCAGAGACUACCAGGCCUCACAUCCUAAUAAAAAUUAGGAAUGCACUGGUCCAGCACACCACACCGCCUGCCAAUUUCAGUUUCCUGAAUAUAUUAUUCUGCUGGAUUCUACAGUGCCCAUACGUUCCUCCCACUGUAAGCGCAUGUCCUAGAGAGAGAGAGAUUCAGCUGCUGGGAAUUCUGGAUGCUGCACACAGCCUGUGGAUGUAUUAUUAACUCUAGAGACCAGAGGGGUGAUUUUUGAGACUAGCAGAUUUACAUUCCAUAACCAAUUUAUCCUUCACAGGAGAAUCUUGUACACUGUGCAUGUUGGUGCUUGCUGAAAAAAAUGUACUGUUUGUUUCAUUACAAAAUGUUUUCAGACUUCUGGCAAUCCUGCUAAGGGGUGUAGAUCCCCAGUGCUUUGGAGAAGUGCACAGCAUAUCUGUCUGACUUUGUCAAAUUGUCAUUUGUCGCUGCAUGAUUUGAAUGGAUUGUGGCCUAAAUUUGCAUCGAUUAUUUAAAGACUGAAUAGAUUGCACACAAAGAGCAACAGAGGAAGGUGACUUAGAGCAAUAGGCUCUCCAUCUGCUGCCCAUGGCUGAUCCUGCUUCCACUAGGUCCCACCUGGGCCUAGAUUACUAAUAAUUCUCCAGAGUGUGUCCAUCAUUUUCUGCAGCACUAACAACCACAGAGAACUUACUGCUGCUCUAUUGCACAGACUAAUGGAGACCAAACUGCCCGUCACCCCCACCAGUCCGUCCUCCCCGGGCCUCUCCCCCGUCCUGGCAGCGGAUAAAAUAGAUGGAUUUUCUCGACGGUCACUCCGCCGCUCCCGUCAGCGCAGAUCACACAGCUCUUCUCAGUUCCGCUACCAGAGCAAGCAGCAGGAGCUGACACAGUUACCUCCUCUCAAAGAUGCCCCGGUUUCUGAGCUCCAUGACUUGUUCUGCAAGAAGUUGCAACAGUGCUCAGUUAUCUUUCAUUUUAUGGACUGCGUGGCUGACCUCAAAGGAAAGGAGAUUAAAAGGGCUGCUCUGAAUGAACUUGUUGAGUGUAUUGCCACAAACAGGGGAGUCCUCAUAGAACCAGUGUAUCCUGAGGUCAUUAAGAUGAUCUCUGUGAAUAUAUUUCGGACGCUGCCUCCCACUGACAAUCCAGAGUUUGACCCUGAAGAGGAUGAGCCAAAUUUUGAGCCUUCUUGGCCACAUCUUCAGCUGGUAUAUGAAUUCUUCCUCCGCUUCCUGGAGAGUCAAGAUUUCCAGCCAUCACUGGCCAAGAGAUAUGUGGACCAGAAAUUUGUCCUCAUGCUCCUGGAUCUGUUUGAUAGCGAGGACCCCCGUGAGCGGGAAUAUUUGAAAACCAUUCUGCAUCGCGUCUAUGGAAAAUUCCUGGGGCUCAGAGCAUAUAUCAGAAAACAGUGCAACAAUAUUUUUCUCAGAUUUAUCUAUGAGACAGAACGGUUUAAUGGUGUAGCAGAGCUUCUGGAAAUCCUGGGCAGUAUCAUCAAUGGUUUUGCUUUACCUCUAAAAUCUGAACACAAGCAGUUUCUUGUCCGAGUAUUGAUACCUCUGCACUCUGCAAAAUCGCUCUCUAUAUUCCAUGCCCAGCUUGCCUAUUGUGCAGUUCAGUUCCUGGAAAAAGACUCCUCCCUAACAGAGCAUGUAAUUCGAGGUUUGCUAAAAUAUUGGCCAAAGACAUGCACCCAGAAAGAGGUGAUGUUCCUUGGAGAGUUGGAAGAGAUUCUAGAUGUUAUCGAGCCUUCUCAGUUUGUUAAGAUUCAGGAGCCACUCUUCAAACAGAUUGCCAGCUGUGUCUCCAGCCCUCACUUCCAGGUUGCAGAGCGAGCACUUUAUUUCUGGAACAACGAGUAUAUACUUAGCCUGAUAGAGGAGAACUGCCACACCAUCCUGCCCCUGAUAUUCAGCACCCUCUACCAGGUCUCCAAAGAACACUGGAACCAGACAAUUGUCUCCUUGAUUUAUAACGUCCUUAAAACUUUCAUGGAGAUGAAUGGAAAACUCUUUGAUGAACUCACAGCAUCCUAUAAACUUGACAGACAGCAGGAGCUGAAACGAGAAAAAGAUCGUCAGGAGCUUUGGAGGAAGCUGGACGACCUCCGUCUAAAAAAGAUGAAUGGCCUAGAAGAAGCGCAAAUGAACCAGCUUAAUUUACAGCACAGCCGAGCGAGUAAGAGUUAGGAGACCUCAUCACCACUUUCCACUAUUUACCAGAAGACCACUGCAGCAAAUCCACACUCCCUCCUCCCCAUAUUCCACCCUCUCUUUGUUUAGAAUUCCUCACAUCUUCCUUGAAAGGGAACAGCAGCAGCCCAAGCUGCAAUCCUACAACCAUCAACAACACAUGGGAUUAUAACAUUCCAGGGAAGACUCCUUUUCAUGUUGUAGUAGGUGUAUUUCUUGUUCCUGGAGGAGCAGAACAUGUUAAAGGCUUGUCUACAAAUAACCAUUUGCCAACGUAUGUUAGCAAGAGUAAAGACUUCUGGGAAAAGCCAUUGUGCAUCUCUGUCACUUCUUAUCCAAUGACAUUGUGAAGUUGUAUGAAGAUAGUGAUCAGGACCAAUUACUACAACAUUAAAGGCUUCUUGGAAAAGAAACACUGAAAAGUUCUGUCACUUCCUGUCCAGUGGAAGUAGGGGCUUCUGGGAAGUUCCCUGGAUCUGUCACUCCUUGUGAAAGUAAAGGCUUCCGGGCAAGCCUGUCACUGGUCUACUUCAGUCAUAUUCUGACCUUGAGAGCUGAGGCUUCUGGGAAAGCCUUCUUAGUUGUCAGCAAUUCUCACUUUCUGUUUGUGAAACCAGAGGCUUCUGGAAAGGCCUGUGUCUUGUGUCUGUCACCUUCUGUUUGUGAGAGCAGAGACUUCUGGGAAAGUCUCUCCACUAAUCAUAUUUAUCCCGUCAAUAAGUCAGGGCUUCUGGGAAGCCAGUUCUGAACCAUGACCGCGGCUACCCUCCACCCACACACACCCCUAUUCUAUUAAACAAAGGAUUCACACAAAAAAAAAAAAAACAUAAUGACCUAAAGUAAUGUCAGGCUGGAAAAUUACCACCAUGCUGGAUUCAUGGGAGCAAAGGCUUCUCAGUAGCCUGACCUGUCCAUCUACUAACCAGAAGCAGGCUUUCAGAAUAUGAAUAUACCAAGUCAGUUAACAAGUCUGUUGAGUAUAAGAUGACUAAAUAGGAAAUUAUAUGAACUCCGUUUUGUAGGAAAAAUUGAAAAUAAUUGAUAAAGGGAAAGGGAGCUUAAAUUCAAUAACUUGCAAAGACUUGUAAAAUAAUUGACAUCAGAUCCCUUAAAUACACAACUUUUAAAGGUUUCAUGCUGCUAAAUAAGUAAACAUUAUUGGGCAAUAGGGUGCAUUUUAGUGAUACAUUGGUGUUGUUCAUGGAGUAACACAUUGGGAGCCAUUUUUUCUUAAGAGCACACGUUUUAGGUUUACCUGGCUUUCACUUUACAGUAGAUUAUUAAAGUUUCUUCAGUCAGUCCUUUUGCCCAGGUAUACCUAACAAAUUAUGUUUAAUGUCUUUCCUUAAGAACAAACUACUCAUGGAAUAUCUUCAAAUCAAAAAGACAUUAAAAUGUUGGGUAAUGUAAACAUGUGAGAGAAACAACAUGUUUUUAUUUUUACCUUCAGCAUUUAGUUGCCAGUGUUAUGUCUCUGGCUACCGUGCAUGAGAGCAAAGGAUUCUGGGUGUCACAGCAGACAUUUGUAAAGUGCUGUGGUCAGCUGGGCUGGCUGGACUGACUGGGAGGAUGCUAUGCUGCUAGAAAACUAGGAAAUAAUGAACAGUGGCAUUGUUUGUGAAAGCUGAGGAUCAAACCUAUUUGCAGUCCAUGUGGGUUUUGUUAGAUAUUAUUGCAAUAAGCUGUUAACCGGGUGUCUAUUAGGGCAAUUCCAGGGUAAUUCCCAAGUUCAGACUUCAGUAAUGUGAUUUUUACAACACACUUUUGUGUUCUUAACAAGACUGUGUCUGUAAGCAUCACUACAGAUGGAAAUAAAGAACAUAUUUAAAAUAUACCCUGACUUCGGAAAAUCCUCACCUACGUUGAAAAUUGUUCAAUGAAGCAACAUGUGGGUAUAUAAAACGUGCACCUAUUAUACCCCUUAAGAAUCGUUUUUUUUUUUUCUUAUUUAUCUGUAUGUAGAAAGAAAAUGUUGCUCCCUGUCAGUUUGCAGAGCCCCAAUGCAGUUUGAAGUGUUAUUUAAGCCACUAGAGAAAACCUCUGUGCAUGUCACCAGAGAAUGGUAGAGGUGGGUCCAUGUUUAUCUUGGCCUUAACCUAUCUCGAGAUUGUCCAUAAACACAAAAUUAAUUUAGACAAAUGAAAUAUCUCAGUGACAAGUGUACACAGCUGUUUAAUGUUACAAUGUUUUACCAGAGGAUACUGGGAAAGAAACACGUGUGACAACUGCAAGCAUGAAUCAGACUUUGAUAUUUCCUUAAAAUAGGGUGAGAUUCCAUUCUGACUGACAUCUGGCAACAAACUCUAAAAGAUCCCAACAAUGCCCUGCAUAUACAGUAAGAGAAACUUGUGUCCGAAAUGAUACGCCUUCCAUUAUCAAACAGCAAGACUUUGUUCUCUUCUGUAAGAGAGAACUAUCUAUUUGCCCAAUUAGAUGAGCAGGAGAUUGAAUAUUUCUGCCACUCUUUUCGCAUAUGUGUGUGUGUUGGGGGGUGGGACAUUGAUCCCCUUCUUAAUGGUAUGAAAUAACCUAUUCUCAAGAAGUAUAUAUAAAUAUAAUGCGUGCAAUGUUUUCAUUUUUUAUUUUUUUAAAUGAUUAUUUAUGGUAUUAUUUAUUUCGUAUUUAAUAUGGUCCGCGUUUAAUUUGUUUAGUUCACUGAGGGAAGGGGGAGGAGUGGGGUGAAUAUGAUAUUUAACCUGUUCACUGCUGAAUUAAAUGCUGGGUCUCAGAAAUAUGUCCUGUUUUUCUAUCUGUACUCUUUCACAGAGAAAUCUUAGAUUCAUCACGUAUAUUGUGCUUCUCUCCAUGUUGGAGGAAGUAUGGCUAAGAUACUUCAAAGCAUAGUUAUUAAGAAGAUGACAUUGUGGUCAGAUGUACACUGUUUAAAUAGCCAUAGUACUGACAGAUGUCCUUUUUUCUAAACAAUGAUCAGGUAACUAUGUAGAAAAGGUAAUAUCAUCCUUAGGAACCAUUUGGGUUCUACCUGUCAUUUUUCUAUCUGUUUAGAAAAUCAAAGUACAUGUCUUAUUGGUUGCUAUGGGCAUCAACAUUAGUUACCUGUGAGAGGGUGUUCACAAAUGUAUACAAUAUGUUUUGCAUGAAUCUUAUUAAGUGAAAUAAGAGUACCUACCAUGUCUAA